AACACUGCUUCCUCCAGGAGAAACAUGGCGGCGCUCUGAACAGCAGCGACACUCAGAUUUAAUUCGGCAUAAAAUUGAAAACGGAGCGGACCCGGUAGGAUGUCCUGUGAGGUGGAUGUUCUGGACCACAGGUGGAACGUCACUGUCAGUGUCCCACAGCUGGACAGAUAGCAGAGGACAAACACAGAGCAACCAGUGGGGAGGAUGUUUGGGGAUCUGUUUGAGCAGGAUGAGGAGGGCCUGGGGGACUCAGGUGCAGGUGUGCACACUGGUGGGGGUAAAGAGCGUGAGCCACAGCCUCCUAGAGGUCCCAUUCAGCUGAGUGGGAUCCGGAACCAGGGUGGUACCUGCUACCUGAAUGCCCUGCUGCAGACGCUGCUGUUCACACCUGAGUUCAGAGAGCAACUGUUCAGCUUGGAGCGGUCGGAGUUGGAGGCCGAAGGAGAUGCAGGGGUGCGGGUUAUUCCACUGGAGCUGCAAAGACUGUUCGCACGGCUGCUACUUUUGGACGAACAAACAGCAUCAACAACCGCCCUAACUGACAGCUUUGGUUGGACCAACCAUGAGGAAACAAGUCAGCAUGACGUUCAGGAGUUAAACAGGAUAUUGUUUAGUGCUCUUGAAUCUUCUCUGGUUGGGACGUCCGGCAGCUCUCUGAUCCAAGAACUUUACCACGGAACGCUGGUCAACCAGAUCACCUGCAAGGAGUGCAAAAAUGUUAGCGAGAGACAGGAGGACUUCCUUGAUCUGACUGUGUGUGUGCGGGGUGUGAGUGGCCUGGAGGAGGCGCUGUGGAGCAUGUUUGUGGAAGAGGAAGUGUUUGAGGGGAAUAACUUGUAUCGCUGCAGUCGUUGUGAACGCCUUGUGUGCGCCUCCAAGGCUGCUAAGCUAAGGAAGCUCCCUCCAUUCCUGACUGUUUCUUUGCUCCGGUUCAGUUUUGAUUUUGAGAAAUGUGAGCGUUACAAAGAGACGAGCACCUACAGCUUCCCCCUCAGCAUCAACCUUCUGCCCUACUGUGAACAGUCAAGCCUGUCAGAUUCAGAGUUUUCCUAUGAGCUUUUCUCUGUAAUCAUUCACAAAGGAGGAUGCUAUGGAGGACACUACCAUGUCUACAUCAAAGACAUCGACCAGCUUGGCCACUGGGAGGCACCGGAGGAGGAUGUUAAAGAGAAGGAGAAGGUCCAGGUGAAACCUCAGAGUUUGAACGAGUUUGAUGUCACUUUAGAGGCAGAGGAUCCAAUGGCUGCACUAAUUGCAGUUAUAGCUCAGGAGCCGUCUGGAAGUGUGAUGCUGGACCAGCUGGGUCAGAAGCUGAUGGGCAGAAUUGGCUCCUCAUGGAAUAAGAAGUUUAGAAAACAGUAUGGACCAAUCAGUAAGUUCUUGCAGAGCCGUUCGGAUGUGUUCCUGCUGGUCUCAAAUGGGUCCCGUGUGACUCUGAAUCCCAAAUACACUCUUACACACUCUCACAACAACGGACAGGAGAUGGCAGAAGAGCAGCAGGGGAUGGGACCUGAUAUGGGACUGGAGGUAGAAGUGGGAAUAGAACCAGACAGUGAACUGGGAGCGGUGUCUGAUAUUGGUAAUGGAGCAGAACCUGAGAGUGGUUAUCACUGGUUUGAUCUGAAUGACUCGACGGUAACGCCAAUCAAAGAGCAGGACAUCAAGAAGCAGUUUAAGGGAAAAGAGAGUGCCUACAUGCUGUUCUACCGGAAAUGCACCCUGCAGAGACCACCAGAUGCAAAAGGAAACCCGGCCUAUAAAGUGCCCCCCCAUCUACUAGAGAUGAUCCAGGAGGAGAAUGCCAGGCUUCAGCAGAAGAGGUUGGAGUUUGAAGCCAGCAGUAACAGUGUUGAACUUCGACUCCAUCUGGCUCAUUUUUACCGAGUCCAGAACGGCGCUCUGCAGCCAGUCAGCACCAACACCUCGCCCACCAGCAUGACCUUUGACCGCAGGAAACCAGUGGGAGACCUGCGUUUGACUGUCUACCAGAUGCAGGAUCAGUGGGAGGGUGACAUGGCACUGACCAUCGCUAAACACCUGCCUGCAGGAUUACACCUGUACAACACACUCGCAGACGACCAGCAGUCUUUGUACAGUGCAGGAAUUUCUAACGGUUGUGACCUGUUUGUGUGGAAUGGGAGAGAGGUUAACGGUGUUCAGGUGCAGGUUGGAGCGGAGUGGGAGCCGGUUUUAUUGACGGUUAUGAGGCCACAGGAUGCUGGCUGUGAACCUGUAGAUGGGUCAGGCCUCCAGCGUUCCUCACACGGGUUCCCUCGGGCUCUCACACUCGACCAUGUGCGGGAGGCACUGGGCCCACAGGAGGCGCUGGUGUGCCAGGAGGAAAAGAGGGCGGGGCCAGAUGGUGGUGGGGCCAGUGGGUGGAGGGUGUGUUCCACUGAAGCCAUGCGCAAAACACUACGGGAGCUCACCCUCCGAGAUGGAGAUACCCUGUUGUUACUACCGCCAACACACACCUGCGACAGUGUGUUUAGUGUGAACGGGGAUUUGGUUACUGUAAUGACGCCCUCUGACUGUCGUUGGCUGAAAGUACAGUUUCAACUGCAAUCAGGAAUGGAGGAGGAGGAAGAGUGUCUGAUGAGGAAGAUUCCAGCCUCAGGAGACACGAUGCUAGAGGAGGUAAAGCUGAGAGCACUGGAGGAGUUGCAGCUUCAGGAGCAGUUUGCGGGUGUGCCAUGCUGUCUGAGGCAGAUGGACCGAAUGGGAAAACUAUUGCCACCAGUCCGUGAAGACCUGAGUGUGCGUGAUGCAGGUGUCAGGUUAAUGACAUCAUUAUAUUUGUGUCCUGGACCCUCUCUAAAGACUACUCAGAUAUUCCUGUACUGCAGAGUGAGCACAGCAGCAUCCAGUGUUCCAGAGCUGGAGCUCAUUGUGGAGGAAACUCUGUCAGUAAAGGAGUGUCUGAUGGAGGUGAUUCGAGCGGCCGGAAUGGAGGGAGCCUGCUGGCAUUUGAGGAGGAUGGACUGGUGUGAAGAGGUUGGGGAGCCUCUCAGGGAUGAGAAUAUGUCUUUGUUGGAGGUGGGUGUGUCUAAUGGAGACACAAUGGUUCUCACUGAGGGACAGCUACCCCCCAAGGGAUUCUUAAAGCUGGGAGUGAGUUGGUGUGAGGACUCAGGCAGCGAGUGCGCACCAGUGGAUGGUGUGUGUGUGUCUGCUGAUCCAGAGCAGAAUCACACAGCUGACAGAUCACACACUACAGGGUGGGCCGGGGUGAAGUGUGGUUUUGUGGAAAUCUCUGAAGAAGCUUCAUUGCAGGAUCUCAAGUGCCAGGUGAUGACGCUGCCGGCGUUGAUGGAUGUGUGUGUGCCCACACCUGAAUUUCUCCGGGUUUGGCUUCUGGAGGAACAGAGAGCCACUAGGAUUCUCAGAGGAAACACACAAACACUCAGGAAGCUGAAGGUGGUGUGUGGAAGUGAGCUGUGUGUUCAGAAGCUGCAAUGUGAGGAAAAUCUGGGGCUGAAGGAUGUGCUGCUGAGAGUGAGGAUGGGCGUGCCAGGAGAGAGGGAAUAUUACCCCUCUAUGGAGUUCGUGUGGGAUGCUGGGCGAGACCCCUCAGCUAAGGGGCUUUACAGCUCUCUCUCUUCCCUCUACGGCAUUUUACCUGAUAACCUGCUUGUGGCCAAAUACCUGCCAGACAAACACACCUGGAUGCCCAUCCAUAACUGGACGCAGCAGGUCUCGAAACGAAAGAAGAAAAAGAAAGUGGACAGUGUUCAGGGAGCUCCGUAUUACCUCAGAGAUGGAGACAUCAUCGGUGUGAAGAAUCUGCUUGUUGACAGUAAUAAAGAGUUCAGUACGCUGCAGGAUGAACAGGCCCAGCAGAAACUCAGGGAACAAAAUGAAAGCCACAAAAAAGGAGGGCGUGGUGAGGUCAGCCAGGAGACGUGUACUGAGGGAAAGACCAGAGCAACUAAACGCAGGAAGCCUGAAGUGGCCUUGUCUAUCAAUGUGGGUGUGUUCAGAUAGUACCGCCCCAGCUAGAAAGACACACCCACCACAAACAGACCACACCGGGUCAAGGGUCAUGGCAUGAAGAAAAGGAGUGGCUCAUGGGAAAUACUGUAAAGACUUGCUGCUAGAAUAUGUUGCGGAGUCUGAAAUCAGAAUUUGUAGAUCCUCCCGCAGUGGAUUGUGGGAAGGUCUCUUGCCAGCUUACAGGACUUAGUUCUGUUUUCUACUUCAUUAGUUAUCGGUUAAAUUCUUUUUUUAAUUUUGUUUUUCUGAGAUUUUUGUAUUUUUGCAGCUUCCCUUGCUGGGAAUAUUCUCAUAUUUUGUUCAUGUGGCAUGACAGGUGUGCAGGUGUAUACAGGUGUGUGCAGGUUUGUACAGGUGUUUAGGGUUUUUUCUUAAGUUUGCUGAAGUUUCUUUAAGUUUCCUUUUGCCAGGGGAAGAAAAUAAUAAAUACACACCUUUAAAAUAAUAAAGCCUUUGUCCUGCAGCACCAAAACACUGUUAAAAUAAUGUUAAAUCUCUCCUCAAUCUGAUUGGGCAAAUUGUAAGGUGUGUUUGGUGUCAUUGAGACUGGUUUUCCACACUUCUGUCUGUGUGGAUUUUAAUAGUUAAGACGAGUUAUGAUGAACUUUGCUGUGCUGGUGAAUAUGUUGAACACAAUUGGCGGAGCAAACAGAUCAGAGUGAAAUAAAAUAAUUUACUUUAUUUUUUUUUCAUGAAAAACUUUCAGGUAUUUCAUAACAUUUUGGUUUGAUUAUCAAUUUAAUUUAAAAAUCAAAAUUAAUCAAGAAAUAAAAUUCUCUCUGAAAACUG